UUCUUAUUUGCUUUCCAACUUUCUUUCUGUCAGCGAAGCCUCUUCUUUCUUCAAGGAGAAAAAUAAUUAGAUGGCUCGUCAAGCCGUCGCGAAACUACUCGGCUCGAUCGCAUCACGCAAGCCUUCCUCUGCCACCUCUCUCAUCAACCUCUCGCCGUCCCCGGUGGCUCAGACUCGCCAUUAUGCAGCGGCUCCACCACCACCUCCGGCGGUUUUCGUCGACAAAAACACUCGCGUGAUUUGCCAAGGCAUCACUGGAAAAAACGGCACUUUCCACACCGAACAAGCCAUCGAAUACGGCACUAAAAUGGUAGGAGGUGUGACGCCGAAGAAGGGAGGGACGGAACACUUAGGGCUUCCAGUUUUCAACACAGUGGCGGAAGCAAAGGCUGAAACAAGGGCUAAUGCUUCGGUUAUCUAUGUUCCCCCGCCAUUUGCUGCCGCAGCGAUUAUGGAGGCAAUGGAAGCUGAGUUGAAUCUUGUUGUGUGCAUUACUGAAGGAAUCCCUCAACAUGAUAUGGUUCGUGUGAAGGCUGCUCUGAACAGGCAAACUAAAACUCGGUUGAUUGGGCCAAACUGUCCUGGAAUUAUUAAACCGGGAGAAUGUAAAAUAGGUAUAAUGCCUGGCUACAUCCAUAAACCUGGUCGUAUUGGAAUAGUUUCUCGAUCUGGAACUUUGACCUAUGAAGCGGUUUUCCAAACAACUGCUGUUGGCCUUGGACAGUCCACUUGUGUUGGUAUAGGAGGAGAUCCAUUCAAUGGAACAAACUUUGUUGAUUGCAUAGAGAAGUUUCUUGUAGAUCCUCAAACAGAAGGUAUCAUUCUUAUAGGGGAGAUAGGUGGAACUGCAGAAGAGGAUGCUGCUGCAUUAAUAAAGGAAAGUGGAACUGAGAAGCCUGUUGUGGCCUUCAUUGCUGGACUAACUGCACCACCAGGCCGCCGUAUGGGACAUGCUGGAGCUAUUGUCUCAGGUGGAAAAGGGACUGCGCAAGACAAAAUCAAGACCCUCAGGGAAGCUGGAGUUACUGUUGUAGAGUCCCCUGCAAAAAUUGGUGUUGCAAUGCUUGAUGUUUUUAAGCAGAGGGGUCUCGCAAAUUAAUUUGGACAAGUUAAGUUUGUUGUCUCCUUUUAAAGAAGUAAAUGCUCUAAUUAAAUUCUUGAUAAUCCGGUGCAACCAAAAAUGGAAAAAUCUUGAUAGUUUCCUUCUUUCUCUCAGCCAAACCCACGCAGGUUUAUAAUGAAUAAAGGAAGAUUUUUGUUCCAACCUUUGAUAAAUAUAAGUGUAUGUUAUUACUUCUAUAA